CUGGAACCGUUUCAUCCACUACUUCUACGAUUCCAUGAAUGCGCUUCCCCAUUAAGCAUUCUUCUCCAGCUUGCUUUGCAGAAAGGGCGAUCGAUCGAGCGGACGAGGAAGAAGAAGGAAGAAAGACGAGGGUCCGAUCGCUCACUUUGCUUGCUGGACACGGUUCUAGGGUUUCUAGAUUUGAAUCGAUGAACGAUCCGACGCAGAUGAUGAUGAAUCGUGGCUUCGGGAUCUGGCCCCCUCCGGCGCCGGAGGAUCCGAUGGGGUUUUCCAACCCCUCCCGGAUCCCUCCGCCCUUCGCCGCCCCAGGAGGAGCCAUGCCCGGUCGCAUCAUGAACUGGAAGGCUAAGACGGCGGCGGAUCACCGCAAGAAGAAGGCGGCCGCCGCUGCGGGAGGCGUGCCACUAGGUGGCGGUGGCGUGGCUGGCGUAUACAAUCCGCCCGCGCUCCAAGAGCUCCAGUACGAGAAUCGUGUAAAGGCGCGCCGGUUCUACCCCAAGAAGAAGUUCGUUCGUUCCGCCCCUUUCGCCCCCCGGAAUACGACCUCCUUCCUCAUCCGCGCCAAGAAGUCCGGAGGCAUCGCCCCGCUGGUCUCGCCAUGCCCCGUCACGCCGGCGGUCCUCCCGACUCCCAAGCUCUCCCCGACGCGCGAGGACCUCGCCGACAUGGUCAAGGAGGAGUGGGGCGUCGACGGAUACGGCUCCAUGAAGGGCCUGAUCCGUCUCCGGUCUCCGAGCGGCCACGAGAUCCGGCCCGGCGAGGAGGAAGACGACAACGACGAGGAGACGUCGAACGAGAGCGACGUGGAGGAACACUUGGAGGUCGAGCGCCGGCUGGACCACGACGUGAGCCGGUUUGAGAUGGUGUACCCCGGUGAGGAGCACGGGCCGGCCUCCGAGCUCCUGGAGAGCAGGGUGAACGGCCAGGAUGUGCACAUCGCGCAGCUCGAGGAGGAGAACAUGACGCUAAAGGAGCGGCUUUUCCUGAUGGAGAGAGAGGUCGCCGAUCUGAAGAAGCGGGUGCUGCUGCUGGAAUCCAUCAACGGCGUCAGGGAAGAAGACGACGACGACAAGAACAAUAACCACGACGGCAACGACGCCGCCGAGGAGGAGGACGGCGAGGAGUGCUCGGAAGGUAGCAGCAUCGGGGCUGCCAUGGCGGAUUAGUGGGCAAGAGUGAGGAGCAAACAAGAAGGAAGAAGAUGCAAGAACAUGAUUUUAGAAUUUCAAUCAAGCGUUGGGUUCCUACGAGCAAAAUGGAGAUCAAGUACAACAAUCACUGACGGGUAAAUUUAUUUAGUUUUUUUUUUGGUAAUUUUGGUGUUUGAGUUAUGAGUCGUAGAUUAUACAAUAUAGUACUUAAUAGUGUUAAUAGAAAUUUUUAGCUACUGUAAGAUCGACUUUUAUAAUUGUUUAAUCGUCUGUAA